AUGUCAUCCAGCACGGCGUACAGGUCCUUCAACCUUGCAAACGAUGUUCUUGAAGUAUCGCCGCAGGAUCAGAUAUUCAAAUUCGAUGUAGAAGAGAACAGGCGCAUCGACCGUGAAGCUCCUUGGAAAGCAGACCCACACUACUUCAAGUCAUGCAAGAUAUCUGCCAUCGCGCUCAUUAAGAUGGUCAUUCAUGCCAGGUCGGGUGUCCCCCACGAGAUCAUGGGGCUGAUGCAAGGCAAAGUCGUUGGCACAUCCCUCGUCAUCAUGGACUCUUUCGCUCUACCUGUGCAGGGAACGGAGACACGCGUUAAUGCUGCAAACGAAGCCAAUGAGUACAUGGUCGAGUACGUCAACGGGAAUGAGAAGGCAGGACGAUUAGAGCAUGUCAUAGGAUGGUACCACUCCCAUCCAGGAUAUGGAUGCUGGCUCUCGGGAAUAGACGUCAAUACGCAAAUGAACAAUCAAAAGUUUCAAGAUCCUUUCGUCGCCGUCGUGAUUGACCCCAAUCGCACCAUCUCUGCAGGCAAGGUCGACAUCGGCGCCUUCAGGACGUAUCCCGAAAACUAUACACCGCCAAAUGCCACCACAUCCGAAUAUCAGUCGAUUCCUCUGAGCAAGAUCGAGGAUUUCGGCGUUCACGCUAAUCAAUACUACCCCAUAGAUGUUGAAAUAUUCAAAUCGAGUUUAGAUAACGAGCUUCUCGGCAUGCUGUGGAAUAAAUACUGGGUCAACACCCUCAGCCAGAGCCCCCUGAUCUCCAACCGGGCGUAUGCAGUAUCACAGCUCUCUGACUUUCAUCAAAAGCUCGCUAAAGCUCAAAGUUCUGUACACGCGACGCGCGCUGCCGUCCCCACCCUUGCUGUGAAAGACAAGGACGGAGCAUUGGCUAACAAGAAGGAUAAAGAAGACGGUAAGAAGAAAGAAGAUAAUCAGCUCGCUAAAAGCGUUCGAGACAGCACAAAGAUUGCCAUUGAAGCUCAACAUGGCCUGAUAUCACAAGUACUCAAAGAUGUCAUUUUCUCUAUGAGGCCUAGGAUGCACAACAUAGUUCCAGAUGCCCAGGUGUCCGAUGUAGUAGAUGCAUCGAUGAGCAUUGGCUGA